UUGGUGGGAUAAGAAGAAUACCCCAUUCCUAUUCGAAGAUAAAUAUUACAAAAAAAACCUGAUAUUAUCAAUAAUUUAUGUGUCUGCAAAUGUUAGAUAAUAAAGGCAAUUAAUCACUCAUCGGGUGUGAGGGUGAGGCUAAUUUGGGUUAGAGGCAAAAUUUAGCGAAAAGCAGAAUUAAGAAACCGCCACAACUAACUAACCCUACGACACACCAACACAAGAUAGGAAUCUGUGCGUCGUCCAAACAAGGUGGGCAGCGGAGAGCCUCCUCCAGCCUUCUUCUGACGGCACCGAGGCUCUCUCCUCAGCCACCGCAGCAUCAAGACCAUCAUCUACGGGAGCAAUCCAAACGGCAUCAAGAAGAAGAGAUAGAGAAACAUCAUCGUCGCAAUAGCAGCAACAACAACAACAACAACAACAAGAUGAAGGGACUCUUCAAAUCCAAGCCCCGAACCCCCGCCGACGUUGUUCGCCAGACCCGCGAUCUCCUCAUCUAUGCCCAGCGCACCCCCGAUUCCCGCGAAAGCAAACGCGAGGAGAAGAUGUCAGAGCUAUGUAAAAACAUCAGGGAGAUGAAGUCCAUUCUCUACGGCAAUAGCGAGUCUGAGCCUGUCUCAGAAGCUUGUGCUCAAUUGACCCAGGAGUUUUUUAAAGAGAACACGCUUCGACUUCUCAUUAUAUGUCUUCCCAAAUUGAACUUGGAGGCUCGAAAAGAUGCCACUCAAGUUGUUGCAAAUUUGCAAAGACAACAAGUUCAAUCCAAGUUGAUUGCAUCUGAUUAUUUGGAAGCAAACAUAGAUUUGAUGGAUAUUUUAAUCCAAGGGUAUGGAAACACAGACAUGGCUCUACAUUAUGGUGCAAUGCUGAGGGAGUGCAUACGCCACCAAACCGUUGCAAGAUAUGUUUUGGAAUCAGAACACAUGAAGAAGUUCUUUGAUUACAUACAGCUCCCCAAUUUUGAUAUUGCUGCAGAUGCUGCUGCAACUUUUAAGGAACUCCUGACGAGGCAUAAAUCUACUGUAGCGGAGUUUCUUUCCAAGAACUAUGACUGGUUUUUUGCGGAGUAUAACUCAAAGCUUCUAGAAUCCUCCAAUUACAUUACCAGACGGCAAGCUGUCAAGUUGUUAGGAGAUAUUUUGUUGGAUCGGUCAAACUCAGCUGUGAUGACUCGAUAUGUGAGCUCAAGGGACAACUUGAGGAUCCUUAUGAAUCUUCUCAGAGAGUCAAGCAAGAGCAUCCAGAUUGAAGCAUUUCAUGUUUUCAAGCUAUUUGCUGCUAAUCAAAAUAAACCUGCUGACAUCGUGAGCAUACUUGUCGCAAAUAGAAGCAAACUUCUACGGCUGUUUGCUGAUUUUAAGAUUGAUAAAGAGGAUGAACAAUUUGAGGCAGACAAAGCUCAAGUGGUGAGAGAAAUUGCUGCCUUGGAACCUAAAGACCACUCAUGAAUGUAACAUUGUCUUGUAUGUGGAAUCUGGCUGGAGUUUCUGGUUCUUUUUAUUGUGAAUCUUAGAGUUGUCAUAGUUGUUGGCGUUGGUGUAUGAUGACGCUGUCAAACAUUCGAAGGAGCCUUUUCUUCUGUUCAAUCUCCAUGUGUAGUAGUUUCUUCUAAUUAUCUCGAUGAUACUUUUGUAAAAGGUAGAUAAAUAAAUUGAUCAAAUGUUUAAUGCUGUAGGUGAUGCCGAUGAUUGAAUGGUUAACCCGGCAGUCUUGUAAUGUAUUUGAAUUCAUGCA